AUGCCAAUUUUCAAAGUGAGAUUUUUUUUUGCUGUUGUCUUGCUGUGUAACUUACUUUUACCCCACUUAGGAAGACCAAAAGUGACCAUUAAAACAAUUCAAAGCAUGUAUCGAAAAAAGGAACCUAUUUCUAUGAUGACAGCUCAAGAUUAUCCUUCUGGCCUUGUUGUUGAUCAAUCUGGUAUUGAUGUCUGCUUAGUGGGUGAUUCUUUAGCCAUGGUCAGCCUGGGAUAUGAUUCUACUAAUCCACUCACCGUCGAGGAUAUGUUGCACCAUUGCCGUGCAGUUGCAAGAGGAGCAAAGGCGCCUUUUCUUGUUGCAGAUUUACCUUUUGGUAGCUAUGAAGUUAAUCCCGAUGAUGCUGUCAGAGUGUCCUUGAAGUUUAUCAAAGAAGGCAAUUGCGAUGCAGUAAAAUUAGAAGGCGGCGUAGAAAUGGCAGAGACUAUCCAUAGAAUUACACGAGUGGGUGUUCCUGUAUUGGCACACAUUGGCCUUACGCCCCAAAGACAAGCUGCUUUAGGUGGUUUUCGAGUUCAGGGCAAGACAGCAAAGCAGGCAAGUGCUUUAUUAGAGGAUGCUUUUGCUGUACAAGAAGCUGGUGCUUUUGGUGUUGUCUUGGAGGCUAUUCCUUCUGAAAUUGCUGGCUACAUUACACAACAGUUGAAGAUUCCUACUAUUGGCAUUGGUGCUGGUGUUGAUUGCUCAGGACAGGUUUUGGUUCAAAACGAUGCUCUUGGUUUGUUUGACAAGUUUGUACCAAAGUGA